AUGAGCGCCGCAUCACCCGCCGCAUCGUCGUCCACAUCGUCGGCCGGCUCGCCCGCCUCCAGCUCGUCGCACACCCAGCUGGCCGGCUCGAAGCGCAAGGCGUCCGGCAAGCCCAUCGACCCCGAGCGCGCCGCCCGCCUCGAGGCGCGCCAGGCGCGCAACCGUGCCAGCGCGCAGAUCUCGCGCGACCGCAAGAAGGCCGCACUCGAGGGCCUCGAGAGCGAGCUCGACUCGCUGCGCCGCGACAAUGCCGCGCUGCAGGCCCGCGCCGCCGAGGCACAGCGCCUCGAGACGCGCGUCGCCGCGCUCGAGAACCUUGUGCGCUGCCUGCUGCAGGCCGGCGCACCGCCGCUCGGUUCUGCCUCUCCGCUAGCCGGUCUCGCCGACUCGCUGCUCACUCCGCACGCCAUCGUCGAUCCCGCCGCCACUCUUUCGUCACUCAGCCCAUCAUCACCAGCCGCUCGCCCGCUCGUCUCCGAGCCCACAGCAUCCUCAUCCCUCCUCGCGCAUCCGACAUCGUCGCCGGCGACUCUUUCGACGCACCCCACCCACUCGCUCUUUGCAGCGCACAGCGUGGCGAGCGUGCGAAGCAGCAGCAGUGCACAAGGUGCGCCGGCAGCAGGCGCCGGCUCGGCGAUGGACGAUCCGCAUCCGCGUGCGCCCGCGCUCCGGCGCGGCGCCACGGAGAAAGGAGAUGUGAGCCUGUGCGCUCUCAGCACGGGCGGCGACAGUGGCAAACUCGGUGGCACGAGUGACAUGGACGACGCGCUCAUCGGCGUCGUCCGCGGCAGCGAGGCGCCGUCGACCAUGACGGCGCCCACGGCGGAGAGUAGCAGCAGCAAGGAGAUCAAGACAGCAAGGAGCAGCAGCAGCGGCGGCGCAGAGCUCUUCCCGACGCUCACGGCGCCCUUCCUGCCGCCGCCGAGCACGCACGAGCACGAGGCGCUGGCGCACAGCGAGCGCGAGACGGACGCCUUCCUGGCGCUGCUCGGCCUUGCGCCUGCCUCGCAGGACGGCGAGGCCCACGGCGAGGCGAUGCAGCUCGACAUCCUCGACGUCGACAUCGGCUUCGUCGACGAGCCGGCGUCGCGGCCGUCGCGCGACAGCGGCGCCUUCAUCGACGAGCUGCUCCCGGCAGAGCUCGAGUGGACGGCCUGGGAGCGCCAGGCCCUCGCGCCGCGCGCCAUCACCAGCGCGUAGCGUGCGAGCAGCAGCGUCCUCCUCGUCGUCACCUGUAGAGCAUCGUCCUGUACAUACUGCCUCCUGUCCUGUGCUGUCUCCUACUGUGUCAAUAUACUCUCUCCGCUGUCUCGCUCGUGUGAUGCGUGUGAUAGGCCUGAGUAGAGCAUGGAUUGACGUGAAGCAUGAGCCGCGGGCAGACGUAGACCGUGCGGAUGAGGAGAAAGAAGAGACAGACACGAGCG